AUGUCAACAAACGGCAAAAGAAGUAGUUCGAUCAAAAGAGAAAGUUCGACAUCAAAAGGAAACUCCAAAAAUAAUUUAGCUGACAUGUUUGAAUUUUUCGCUCGAAUAGCCAAGUUGGUAAUACUCAGAAAAGAUGACACGGAUGUCGUAUCGAAGUACUCGACUUGGCUGAAAAAGUUGAAGAAACAUUCGAACGACAAGCUCAAGUACGACUACAUCAAGUUACUCGUCAUGGGACUCAACCAUCCGGUACCGGUGUGCCCCUUCAACGAUUACCCACCGGAAGUCAUCGACCCCCUAGAAGGCGAUUGGAUCGUAAACGCCAGGAACAUUUUCUACAACGGCGACCCGUCUUGCCGACCGAUCGUCCUGAACCCACCAAUCGCGACAGCCGUGUCGGACGAUAAGUGCCAGUUCGCCGCCUAUCAAGAAAUACCGAAUGCUGGUCUACAGUGUUAUUACGCUCAGUCCGACGAACCGCUGUACGAGUGGUUUUUCAAACAAGACUCGCUAUCGAUUCCACCAGAAAAUCCUGUCCAAGCCAUCCCUUUGGACUGGGAAAGGUCUUUGGCCGGAAUUCACGUGGCACCUCCAAAAGUCCCUUCCAAAAAGAAGACAAGCUCGUCGCUGAUUCAAAGACCGUCAACGCUGAGCGUUAUGGGGAGCAAAGUUGAACCAAAAAGGGACUUUUGUAAAAUACUUGAAACGAUUCAAGAAAUGUUUAACAUCACGGCGCAGUUCAAAUGGACCGAAAAUACUUUAUUGACUGGCGACACAAUACCUGGUUCCGAUCUGUGUAUCGAUUGGUUUAUUCACGAACACGAAAGAACACAAUUGGACAUAGACGAUGAAAUGAUUAGGUCGUUUGAUAAAAUAUAUCCACACAAUUUCCGUCUGACGGCAAAACCUGAAUUGUUAGAAGGAAUAGUUAGGAAAAUGGACUGUGUCGAAGAAAAAGCUAAAUGCAUGGAAGCGGUAUGUGCGAGAGUUGAAGAAGAGGAUUGCAAAUACCAAAAUCUUACCGAACAACUUGGUUAUGACAAAAACAGAAAGCUGCACAAUCUCAUUGAAAAUACUGGUAUGACUACUAACAUCAAGAAAGCCUGGUGCUUUAUAAAAAAUGUCAGUGGAGAUCCAACUAUACAUGGAACAGGUGUAAGUGUCACCGCUAAUCAAAUAGCCUCGGAAUUACCAAAAAGUGAUCGACAGCCCUGUGUAGACCGAUAUUUAUUUAAGUGCAUAAUUGAACAGAAAGAACCAACUGCUGAAAUAGAAUAUAUUCCAAUUGUGUACUUAUUGCCUAAAAUGAAUCAUUUUGGAAUUCUAUUACAGCUCGUGCGACUAAAAUCCAUUGAAUUGUUUUAUUUGAAUUUAGUAGAUAAAACUGCUUCCCUGACCGUUUUAAGUUGA